UUCCGCUUAAAAUCUGAUUAAAUAAUUGCACAUGCAAGCGCCGAAAAUAAAAGCUUUAAUUGGAUGGGCGGGACCCACGACGCCUGGAGUAAAUAAUUGAUUUCUCCUUCGGCCUCGUGGACCUGGUCUCUCUCUCUGGUUACUCGAGCAGUUCUGUAAACCUUUCCUGCACUUGCCUGCUGCUACGACGCUGACCCCUAUCCACCUCCAAAACCCUCCGCUUUGCACAGAUCGAACACCUUCUCGUCCUCCUCCACGCUUUAAGCCGGUCGCCUUCUACAAUGAGAACCGUAUUCCAGCCACCUCUCCCCCUGAUAAUUCUGAUCCUGUGCAUGUACAUUACGCCGAUCUGCAGCUUCAACAUCACUAAGAUCCUAGCGCAACACCCGGAAUUCUCGACGUUCAACCACUAUCUUUCCGCCACUCACCUGGCUGGCGAGAUCAACCGACGAAAAACGAUCACAGUCCUCGCAAUUUCCAACUCUGGAAUGGGUUCCGUCCUCUCCAAACACCUCACCCUUUACACUCUCAGAAACCUCCUCUCCCUCCACGUCCUCGUCGACUACUUCGGCGCCAAGCAACUCCACCAGCUCACCCGCGGCACUACCCUCUCCUCCACCCUCUUCCAGGCUACCGGCACCGCCCCAGGCACCACCGGAUUUGUGAACAUCACCUUGCACCGCGCCGGCCGCGUCUUCUUCUCGGCCACUGAUUCCGGCGGAAAUCCUCCAGUCUCCUUUGUCAAAUCCCUGAAGGAAAUCCCCUACGUUAUCUCCGUGAUCCAGAUCAGCUCCCCCCUUUCCUCCCCGGAGGCGGAAGCCCCCACCCCUGCCCCUACAGACGUUAACAUCACGGCCCUUAUGGCCAAGAAGGGAUGCAAGACCUUUGCCGACCUCCUCGAUUCCACCGCCGACGCCGCCUCCGCCUUCGCUUCCAACGUCGGCAGCGGCCUAUCCGCAUUUUGCCCUGUCGAUCAAGCCAUAAACCCCUUUCUCCCAAGCUUCAAGAACCUCACCGCCGGCGAGAAGCUCUCCGUUCUCCUCUACCACGCAAUCCCCGUCUAUUACUCCAUUCAGAUGUUGAAAUCCAACAAUGGAGUUAUGAACACACUCGCAACGGAAGGCACCAAGAAGAACUAUAACCUCUCCGUGCAUAACGACGGAGAGGUGGUGACGCUGAAAACGAAGGUCGAUACGGCAAAGAUCACCGGCACGCUUAUUGAUGAGGAUCCGCUCGCCGUGUACACCAUCGAUGUGGUGCUGAAGCCCAGGGAGCUCUUUAAGCCGGUUGAAGCACCAGCGCCGGCACCGGCGCCGGCCCCGACAACGGAUGUGGCUGCAGAUUCGCCAAAGGGGGCGAAGAAAAAACACAAGCAUGCAUUGCCGCCGCCGACAGCGGGGGAGCCGGCUGAUAGCCCGGACGAAGAGUCGGCAGAUCAGAAGGUUGAUGACGAUGAAAAUGAUGCUGUGGGAGGAAGGGUUGUUGUUGUAGCUGGGAAAUGGAUCGCCGCGGCGGCAGCCGCAGCGGUUAUGCUCCUUGCUUAUUAGUUUUCUUUUCUCUACUAUUUCUUUCGGGUUUUA